GUCCCUAGCGCCGCUCCCGGGGCCCAAGCGGCCCCGGCUGCCUCCCGCCCCCGCCGCAUGGAGGAGCCCGCGCGGGAAAAAGUACAGGUGGAAGACAUACUUGAGAGGCUCAAGGAAGAAGGAAUCGACCCUUCAGCUUCUGCAGAUGAGCAACUUUGUUAUGUUUGGCAAUUAUUCCUGUGUAAUGAAGACAAGUUACGGUCUGCUAGUCAGGACUUAGAGAACCUUAGACAACAGCAAGCAGAAGAAAUGAGAGAGGUGGAGAAUUACGUGGGCCACGUCCGUAGCCUCACAGCAGAGCGAGACGCUUUCACCACUGAGUUUGAAAAAGAAAAUGAACAACUCAGAAUUGAGUUUACACAACUGCAACUCCAGCAGGAAGCCCAGCUGAAGGAGGUGGAGGAAAUGCUGGAACAGGAAGGCUUGUCUGAGAUAGCUCACAGCAGUCCCAGCGAACAGAUUGCUUAUUUACUGGUAGAAAGAACUACGCUGCUGGAGAAACUAGAGAUUGCAGAUCAAAAGCUGGAUUCGCAUAGCUACAUAGAUGGACUGUGUGCAGCACAACUUCAGGAUAAGUUUGAUCAUAUCCACCAGACGUUAGAAGACGAACUUCAGCAACAACGCGAAUCCAUGCAACAUACUAAAGAGACAAUGAAUAAGUCCCAUAAUGAAGAGCUGGAAAGAGAGAAAGUGUUACGAAAGCGGGUUGAGCGAGACCUGGAUGAGGCCGCACGGAGGCUGCAGAUGGCUCACGAAGAGAUCCGCAGGCUAACAGAUGAACUGGACAUGCAGAAAAAGGAGCAAAGCAAACUGGAUCCUGCUUUGCGGCUGGCCCCACAAACAUCUGAGAGCUGGAGAGAAGAGAUGAAUAAGCUGAAAGAAAGUGAUAGGACUGAGCUGCAGAAGGCCAUGGAACACAACAACAGACUGGACAAGGAAAUUCUAGCAUUGCGCAGUCGGGUCCGAUCGCUUGACUCUGAGAGAAAAGUGUUCCUAGAACUGGUUGAAAAGCUCAAAGAAGAGAUUUGUGAGUAUCAAAAGAAUGAGAAACCGGGACUUGUAUUGCCUGGAAUGGAUGAAACAGAAGAAAAUGCAUGUUGCUCACUGCAGAUGCAGGAUAAAAAGGAUCCAGCGAGGUUUGAAGAAGAGUGUGCUAUAGACAACACUGACUCAGGUCAGGAAAGAAGAGAGCAGAAUAACGAGACUGUUCAUAAAAGGUGCCGAAAGGUAAUAGACGACAUCGAGGGCAGGAAUUUUCAGCUCCUGCACAAGCUACAGAAGCUGCAGCGGGAACACGAGGAUUUGGUUGAACGUAAUGAAGAGUUAGAAUCGAUUCUGGGAGAGACUCAGAACCAAACCAGAGAAGAGAGAGAACAUCUUGAGGGUGAGAUCGAAGGACUUCACAGGAAAAUCACAAGUUUAGAGACGGAGUUACUCAGAGCACAGAUGAAUAAAACUGAAGCCAGCAUGAAAGAUCAAGAAACAACUAAAAAAGUGCAAGAUUUCCAAGAGAUGCUGAAAAGCCACCAGGAGAAGGUUGAAGUACUUGAAAGUAAAUUAUCAGAGGAGAGAGAUUGGAGAAAGCAACUUGCAUCUGACCUUGAAAAGACACAGAAAGCUUUGAAGGCUGAAAAAAAGGAAUUACAUAAUUCAAAGUCGGAGCUCGUGAGUCUUUAUAAUGAGCUCCAGAAUCUCCGAGGUGCGGCAGAAGAAAGAGAUUUCCUUAGUGUAACCCAUGAGAAACUACAGCACGAAAAUACUUCAUUGGAAACAAAGGUCUCGGAGCUCUCACAGGAAUGUGAACAGUUAAACCAGCUUGUAGUGAAACAGAAAAUAGAUGAAAACUUUACAACAAGUGAAACGACAUAUAAAGAGCUUAUGACUAAAGCAAGAAUAUUGGAAGAACAGAUCCAAAUCCUGGGAGGGGAGAGAGAGCAAUUAUGUACCAAGCUAUUAGAGAGCAACAAGAAAACCGAGGAGUUAGAAAAGGAGGUGAAGGGGAGCAAUGAAGAAAAACAACUGUUACUGGAAGAAAAUGCCCAGCUAAGACAAGACAUCCUGGCUACAAGGGAACAAUUUCACAGCAAGAUAGAAGAGGCUGUAAGCAUUAAAUCUGAGACGAGCCAAGAGAACCAGCCGCUCAACCCCCAGAGCUCUGAAUGUAACACAGCAUUAAACAUGAGCAUUAAACAGUAUUUGUCUGGAGAGAGACUCCUGCAGCAGCAUCAGGAGGAAAUGCAACAAUUGCGACAGGAUUUCCACAGAGUUCAGAAUUUGUGCAGCUCAGCUGAGAAAGAGCUGAGAUAUGAAAGGGAGAAAAACUUGGACUUAAAGAAGCAUAAUAUCUUGCUGCAGCAAGAAAACACCAAGGUCAAAGCUGAACUGAGACAAGUCCAGUUGAAGUUAACCGACUCAACCAAAAUGUGCUCCUCUCUCACAGUGCAAUGGGAGCACAGUCAGCAGAAGGUCAAAGAACUUGAACUAGAGCUGCUAAAGCACUCCCAGAGUAGUAAACUGCAGAGCAGUCUGCAGGAGAAACUUGCACUGGAGAAAUCGAGGGCUACUGAUGCAGAGAAAAAGGUUUUGGAGCUACAGCAAAAGCUGAAGGAGUCCCAUCACCAGCUCCGCCUAACUGAGACCCACGUUUUGGGCAGGAAGCAAAUGGAGGAGGAGUUAAAGGAGGCCCAAGAAAGGGAAACUCAGCUGCUGCGGCAGCUCCAGGAAGAGCAGCGGAAAAGGAAGCUCCUGGAUCAGCAUGCAGAGGAGCUGCAGCAACAGCUCAGACACUCACACGAGACUGAGACUUUGCUGGCCAAGACGCAUGCGGAGCUGCAGGUCAGGUUUCAGCAGCAGGAGGCACAACUGCGUAUAUUAGAGGAGGAAAAAAAAACAGCAUUAAAUGAGCAGCUCCAUUGUCAAAAAAACAAUCAGAACCUUUCAGAGCAGCUGUCGCUGUUGCAGCAAGAGAAGGAAACCCUCCACGAGGAAUAUGAUCGUCUCCUGAAGCAGCUCGAUAUCUACGUCAGACAGGAACAUGCAUUGAUCAGACAGAUCACCACGGAGAAUGAGAAUUUGCUCCAAGAGAAAAGAGAACUCUUACAGCAGCUUAAUGAACAGGAAGAAGUUGGACGGAACAACAAAUGGAUCAUUUCCACAAUCCAGAACAGAGUGCAGUUCCUGGAUGAAGAAAACAAGCGGCUCCAGGAAAGCACCCUGCAGCUUUCCAGUCAGGUUGGUGUUCUGGAACGUACUCUGAGGAACAUCCAGACCCACAGCUUAGAGGACUUCAGGAGCAUUGGCUUCUCUGAAUGCCAGCUGCUAAGUAAGAUGUUGCCACGUCCAAACAUAAGCUUCUCAGCAACAGGGCUGCCAAACUCCCUUGGCAUUCUGAGAGCCAUCCAAGAUGUCAAGCCUGAAGAAGGAACCGAGACCCCAAAGUCCCUGUUUUCCUUAUCACCUUCUCAGCCUUCUGAGAUUGGUUACUUAAAUGUGGCUUCACCUGGAGACACCACAAACUUCCCAACGCAGCCCCAGAGUCCAAGCUUCGGCUGCGAUAGCGUCUAAGAGGGACUCCAAGGAGCUGCUCUCUGAUUGGACUGUGGCUGUUGGCUUCCUGCUGCAGUGGGCCAUGCGUCCAGCCAGAUCAGUAUGUAUCCAAUAACUCGUUCAAUGAAUUUUGUGAUUUUUCUCAGCUGUUAUUUGACAGCUGUUGUGUCAAUCACUUGCCCAGCUCUAGCAUCUCAUACCAGAUCGCCCUGAAAUUUUUACAUUCACAGAUUUAAUUCAU